UGCCAGAGGCAGAUGGAGGAGGCAGUGUGGCUGUGGCUGGAGGGUCGCAGAGUGACCAGAGCCUUCCAACUGUGGCUCAGAGUCCACCAUUGCCACCAAGAGGCCUCACGGCUGGGACAGGCUCACCUAAUGCGCAGGUCUUUUCGGGUCUGGCGAAGGGUAGUGACGGAGAGCCUGUCAACUUUUCAGAUGGCGGAGUCACGGCUACACACCCACCAGACCCAAUCAGCUUUCAGUAUCUGGAGGAGGCGCACCGUGUCCCAUAAUCUCUUAAGUGACCUGGUCCAGAGAACAAAAUCCAGGCAGAGUCGUCGUCUGCUGAGAUCAUCACUCCACACCUGGCACCAAGAGGUCCAGUUGCGUAAAAGACGAUCUCUACACCUCUCACAGAAGUACUUUGCCUGUUGGGUGAACAGAAUUGGCAUCAGACACAUUGAAAGGAAGAAUCAGUUGGAGGCUAGACUGAGGGAGUGUCUACGGCGGUGGCGUUUAGGUGUGCUGCUGAAAAGAGCUCGGAGGAGACUCACCCAGGUGUUGUGGGUCAGCUGGAGAGACCAGACCGCUGCUGCACUCCUACUCAAGACCCUGCACACUGACCGACUGAGGCAGGGGGCGUGGCUGACAUGGAGGAAGAGACGCAUCAGAACCCGGGUGUCUGAGACCUUUGCCGCGCAACUGGACCAAGCCCUCAUUGCGCAGGUGUUCAACAUGUGGCGGCAGAAGCAUGCUAUUCGCUCCACAGCGACCGACACGUGACCUACAGUAUAGGGAGAAGUAGCUGUCCUCUGCUCCGUCAACCCUUCACCUCUCCCCCCAACUCCUAGCCCCUAUAUGGUAGGGGAGAUCACGAGUAGUGUGUGGCUUUUCACCAUACUACCAGUACAGCACUUCAUAUUUCAAAAUAGAGGUUCACCUUUUGGUUUCUUGGGUCAAUGUCAUCUGGCAACAGUCAUUGCUCACAUUUCAAAUGUAUUGUUUUGAAAACAUGUGCCAACCACUCAUAGAUGUUGGCUUUUACCUCCUUUGAAUGCUCUUAGACACUAGUGUAGGGAAACUACUAAGAACAGCUUUGAGACAUAAUAGAUACACUGUUCAUAUUUCACACUAUUAACCCUGGAAAGCAGCACACUGUGCGUGAGUGCCACUAUUAGAACUAAUUUAACUCCAGUAUUUGAAAUU